UCGUCAUCUAGCCCUGCUUCCUCUCCGAUCCCAGGUACUCCCGCGGUGCCGCUAGCACCAGGAGGCUAUGGCUACACGCCUGCCAAUUUGCCGACCAAGUCGGACGAGAUCCUCGAAUCCUUCAUCAAUCAUUUGCAGAGAGAUGGCAGAAAGUCCCUGGCCACAACCCAGGUCCUGGGAAUGAUGAAGUAUCUCUCCAUUGCGCUCAACUCGGAUCCUCUUCCCGCCCUUACACAUGCCAUUGAACUGGCAAGUCCAAUGGUCAAGAUCCAAACGAGGAAACAGGGAGCCAAGAAUACCCCUGUGCCGACUGCUCUCACUACGAGGCAAAUGAGGCGGAAGGCCAUUGUGGGCAUCAUCAAUGCCAGCAAGAAGAGGAAUGACAGGGAGAUUGAGAGGAGGCUAGCAAAAGAGGUCUUGGGGAUUCUGGAAGGCAACAGCGAGACAUUGCGGAAGAAGGAAGAGGUUCAUAGGGAUGCUGUGAGGAACAGGAGUAAUUUGGGAGUGAGAGUGUGA